GGAGGAGGUAGCACCAAACCUGGGCCACCAUUGACAGAGGGGUGGAAGUUGGGUGUUUCGACCAGAUGGAGCAACGUCAGGUACGCAUGCAAAGGCGGAAGAGAAAGGAAAGAGAUGCGACCGUCUCUGGGACCCCGGGUGUACCAAGGAUUGUUACAGACGUAUUGGCACAGCUCGGGUAUGCGACAGAGCCGGUGGUGCAAAGGAGGGUAGUAACGGAUGUCCAAGUGAAAGGAAAGGAGCCGGUGAUAGAGGAGGCUGCUCAGGAGGAGCUCUGGGAAGAGGAAGAGCCGGUGUCGCAGCGCCUGACGAAGGCCCAGCGCAAAGCGCGUAACUUGGCGCAGGGCGGACAGGGAUCAGGAAAAGCGGAGGCGCCUCAGGCCUUGACAGCGACCCCUUUAAAUAUAGCGGUUCCAUCAUCUAGUACAAGCCCCUCGCAAGGAGGGGUGCCAUCCUACGGACAGUGGCCCUGGCCGGAAAAAAAAGGGUCGUCGGUGGAGAUAGAGGAAUUCAGGUUAUGGCAGGAAAAGAAAGAACCACCGAUUGGGGUAGAGGAAGUGACUCAAGAGCCACGAGGAGGAAGUAAAGGGGAAGAGCUCAUAAUCAUUGAGUCAGAUGACGAAAAUGAAGAAGAAAGGAUGAAACCUCUGUCCGUCUUGUUGGGGAAAGUGGAGGACCUGCUGGAUAAGAUGGGGAGGUACCAACACAAGUUGGUGGGCCUAUGUGAGGAAGUAAGGAAAUGGAAGUCUAGCAUCCCCAAGGUGUUCCUCUACGACUCCGGUCCGGAGUCAGCGCCCGGGCGACCCGAAGUAAAUGUGGUGGGAUCGUGUCCACCAUCAGGGAUGAUGGGGAGACCCCUCACUCCGCAGGCCCGGCGGGCGCAGGCAGCACGAACGAGAAAUCAAGCCAGAGCCAGUGCCAGCCAGGAACCUCUGAGGAGGGAGAAGGAGCCAGGAAAAAGAAAAGAGGCCGUGGAAGUAGAGGAUGACGACAACGAGGAGGAAGAGGACGAGAGGCUGCGCAAGGGGGAGGAUCAGAGAGCGGAGCAGCGGGCGCGGAAAAAGGGAGCCAGGGGAGAGGUCGAGCCGGUCGUGCGCGACGGACCGCCCAAAAGGAAGAAGUAUGCGGUUCGAUUGGAGGAGGGGUUUGACGUGGAGAAAGUGAUCGACCGGCUGCUAGAAGGGCACAAUGACCUAAUGACUCUUAAGGAAAUCCUAACGUCGGCCCCGCGACUCCGCGAUGAGCUGAAGGGGAGGUUGUCGAGGCGCUUGGUGCCCAACGUCCAUCUGGGCACGAUUCUGCCCAAGGAAGCAGAGUGGGCGGAGUUAGGCACAAAGAUGGAUUGGAAGUGCGUGGCCUGCGGCACGGUGGAUUUUGUGGUGAAGGGUUCCAAGUGCGCGACAAUGGUGGACACAGGGGCAGAGAUGAACAUUAUUCGGGAGGCGGACGCGAUCAGAUUUGGGUUGGAUAUAGACCGUUCUGACUGCGGUAUUCUGCACGGAGCCAGUUGCAAGGCCGUAUUUUAUGGGACAGCCUCGAAUGUACUCAUCGAGGUUGGAAAGGUGAAGGCCCGGGCUUGCUUCUUCAUCAUGCUGGAUGUGGAUCACGGAAUCCUCCUGGGGAGGUCAUUCCUAAGCAGGACAGAGACCGUGAUAUUUAAUAAGCAUGACGGGACGUUAAUCCUCCUCUUAUGCGAUCCUACCUGCGGGAAUUACGAGAUAAUUACCUGCAGGAACACAGGGCCAAGGAGUAUAAAGAACCGUCCCAAUCCAGGAUCAUUCACGAUUGAAGAGUCGGAAGGUGGGCGCUGGAGGUUCCGAGCGGAGCCCGAAGCAGGAGAGAGGGUGGAAGCAUUUUCUCUCAGCCUGUCAGAUGUCGGGAAGGCCAUGGACUUGGUGGCCGCGCAUGAGAUGGCAGAUCCGGAUGCCAUCCACGCUCUGAGGGAGCAAGUUUUGGAAUGCCCCGAGGCAGGAAGGUUGGAGCUGGUAUAUCGGCUCCCGGGCAGCGGAAGGAACCCCGCAUCAGCACAAACACAAUCUUGGAUGAUGGAGUUAGCGUUGGCCAGCUCGCAUAGCCUGGUGGAGGACAUGAGAACGAUUGAGGAAGGACCUGGCCAGGUAGAACGGUAUGAGGACCUGAUGGGAGGAAUGUAUCUCCUCGUCAACACGUUAUUGCAGGAAGGCCUCGACCAGUCAGGCUUGUUGAACGCGGCAGAGAAUGUGGACGAAGUGCCCGAGAGCCAGGACGACGAGUUCGAGGAGGGGGAGAUUAAGGAGGCUUUUUGUGCAGAGGAGUACGACGGGAUCUACUUAGAGCUGGGGCUUCUUCUGUCAUGUGAAAUGCGGUUUAGGGAUGCAAGCGAUAAAGCUCAGAGGAUGCUGCAGCGCUAUUUAGUGCGAGACGGCCACCUUUUCGUCAGAGGAGAAGUGGGGAAUCCCGGGAGAGUCGUUUGCGAUAGGAAUCGUUUGAUCGACGUCGUAGUAGCGCUUCAUGAUGGCAUUGCAGGAGGGUAUCGAGGGGUACAAGCCACGUAUGCCAAGAUAAGUGAGUUGUACUACUGGGAUGGGAUGAUGGACAUGGUCCGGAAAUUCUGUCGAUCUUGCGAGCAUGGAGAGCAGGCAGAGGAGGUACCACGAGAGGAGGUGUCACGAGAGAAGGUGCCACAGGAGGAGGUGCCACGAGAAGAGAUGUCACGGGAGGAGGUCCAGGAUACUCAGCGAGAGAGAGGGCAGGGCAAUGAGGGGAGACGUGAAGGAAAGGAAGUGAUAGAGGUUGGAGAGGACACGCCCCCACAGAUGUCAGCGGUGGGUUUGAGACUCGGGGAUGCACCAGGGAGCACUCGUCAGGCAGGGGAGAAGUUGCAGAGAGAGGAGGCCCUAUUGCCUUCAUCAGAAAAGGCCCCUUCGCCAGAAGGGAGAGCAGAAAGGAGGAGAGAGAGGGCAAUUGUAAGGAAAGAGGCCUCGACCCUGAUUGACAGACAUCUAGCAGCUUAUGCCUUGGAGCACCCAGACCUGGAGGAGCCAACACCUGUAGAGCCGCGCCAGGAGUCGUGCCAUCCCGAGAAGGAGAUGGAAGCAGAGAUCCCGAAGAGGGUCGACCUCCGCACGAGGGAAAGGGCGCCAGCUGGAGAGACAGCGGAGGAAAAGAAGGCGAGAAGAACAAGGAGGAUAGACGAGAUAUGGCAAGAGAGGCAGAGGUUGAAGGCAGCGGGGGAGCUUCCGGAGCAGGAGCAGGAGAGGCAGAGAUCGGAGGCAGCAGGAGCACUCCCAGGUCAGCCACCCAGCGCGCCAGCUAGGGCACUGGAGAUCCCUGAGAUGUGGAGGGACUUCUGGGAGCAGAGAGGAGAGGAGCUUCCUUCGCCAGUAAGAGUUGGGUUUGGGGUGACCAGGAAGGCGGAAGAGAGGUUAGAUCGCAAAAUCAAGUUCCUGGCCAAGACAACUUUUGACCGGCACUUGUUAUUGGAGAGCGAUCUGGCAGGGAAGAAGAUGAAGGAAUCUCCCCAGGAGCCACCUAUGGGGAGAGUUAUCCUGGAGCCAAAGAAGGCGAGAGCCCAGAGAAAGGCGGAGAGAGAGGCAUUCGAGUUCAGAGCCCCUACCGAGCUCGUGACGCUGCCAGUGGCGGCGGCGGACCCGGUCGUACCUUUGGCAGUAGAGGAGGGGCGGCCACCAUCUAGCAGUGAGCCGGCUCAAGGCUCAGCAGAGGGAUCCAUGGGUGUGUUCCUUGAGGCGGUGCAUACUAUGCAGGAAGAGGUGAGUUUAUUUUCACCCGAGCAAAGGAUAGAGGAGCCUCUUGAGAGAGAGAUGGGGAUUGAGGCGGAGGGUGCCAUCGAGGGCGGGCUCCAGAGGAUGGGCACACCUGAGUAUGGACCAGAGGAGAUUGAGGAGCAGCCCAUGGCAGUGCCAGGAAAGACACUCGAGAGGAGACCUCAGAGGUUGGACACGCCUGAGUACGUCCCAGCGACAGGGGAUUUGAGGAGCAGACUGGGAUCUUGGGCUACUGGAUCUGGGUCUGGGGGACCGGUUCUUGGGAUAGAGCAGCAGGAGGUUAUUAGUACCGCAGUUCCUCGAUCAGAGCAGCAUGGGAUUGUCAGUAGUAUGGUAGGAUCUCCUUCACAGCCACCUCCUCAGCCCAAGAAGAAGAAGUUCAAGAGGAAGGUUGAUCAGCUAUACUUCUACUGCAAGAGGGGCCUGCAUCUGGCUCUUGACUGUCUCGAGUUCCUUGAGGAUAAGGUAGAAGGGAAGGUCUCGAAAGCAGGGGGUAAGAUGUAUGAUAAACAGGGUAGGAUAGUAGAGAAGUCCGCAGAUGGACUUAGGGCUCAGUUAUAUAGGCAAAACCAGGAGGAGUUGAGGAGGUAGGGCUGGUUUGUCUAUGUAAGUGGGCGAGUAUCUUGUGAGGCAUCAGCUUAGGUUCUGUGUGAUUCCCUCUUAGACUUAAAGGA